AAAUACAAAACAGUGUAUGUAGGUUUUGGAAAUAACAAGAUAGUAAAAAUCAUCGUCAAUUUUUGCUGAGAUAUGCAUCUCCAAAAUGCAUAUUUGGGAAAUAUAAUCCUGUUUGUAUUUAACAUUACCCUAUUUCAGCGAUAUAUAAAAUAUUUUUUGAAAUAUAUAGAAACAUAUACCGACUUGGUAUCAGUAUAAGGUAAGAUCAAUUACAACCAUUGUUGUUAUAAGAUCUAAGAUCAAACUAUAACCAUUGUUGUUAUAUAAAAACAUAUACCGAGUUGGUAUCAAUAUACAAAUGUUUAAUUCAGGUCUUGAAAUCACAGCCUCAGAGAACCAUUUUUCCAUAGCCAAUCUAGGCCGAAGAUCUGUCAUGAUACCAUGGAGGAGCUUCCUGGGUGAAAGAGCCCUUGUGCAUUCGGGCGUUUCUUUCCCGCCAUAAGUGAUAAGCAAAAAUCUGAGCACCAAGCAGAGCAAUACUCUAAUGUUGUGUUUGGUUGGGGAGAAUGAGAUGGAAUGAAUGAAAAAUACUUGAAACCAAUAGAGAUAGGAAGAAAGUUUUGAAAAAAAUUUGAAGAAGUGCAAAAUUACUAUAUGAUGAGAUUUGAGAAGAAAAUGAGGAUAGGAGAGAAUGGAGCAUUCCAUCUCAAAUUGAAGGGGUGAUAUCUAGCAUAUGAGUUAAGGAAUGGAAUGAAGGAAGGAAUGAAAUUUCUUAAUAAUUGUCCCUAACAUAGUUCAUUUUUCAUUCCAUUCCUCCCGGAAUCAUUCACCCCAACCAAACACAACAUAAAAGACGUGUCAGUGAUAGACAUAAGGUGCGGGAGAAACUCCUUUAAAUUUCAUGAUAGGCAAUUGCAAUUCCCAAAUUCUGAUAGGCCUGCUCAAUUUGAUUUUAAUAUGGCUACGGUUAGAAUUCAAUAUCAGCCCUGCGAGUUCUGUUUUAUGUGUCUCAACUUCGCAUCUCUCAAGGAUUUUCCCCAGAUCUCAAAAACCAAACUGAAACCAUUUUACCGGAAGAAUCAAAACCGAAACAAAAUCAAAAUUUCAUCUGUUUAAUCUCAUCCACUAGAAAAAUAUUUUAACAAAAUGAUCACACUAAGAAAACAAGAUACAGUAAAUGAAUUUCAUAACUCAAUUAGGGCCAAAUUGCGAUGCAGUAUGUACAGACUAGAAUAUGAGUAAAACAUGAACAAUAAAAUCCAAAACCGAAAAUUCCAGUGAAAACAACAUGGGCUAGAAACCGUCAUGACAUGAUUCUUAGUGUAAACAUUUAAUCAGAAACCAACAAAACUAAACUAAUAAUAAAUAACUAUAAGUAAUAAGAGAAGUACAUAGAAAUUUUAGAAAUAUUAUAGCAAGACAAACAGAAAAAGGCUCAGACUCAUUCAGAAAAGCACAGACAAUCAAAAAUUGGUAAAAUAUGAUCAUGCAAGGACAGAGGACAAAAGCAUAAAUAAUUCGAAACGGCACCACGUACUUAUUAUAGUAGAUUACACAGGGAGAACAAAGUUUAUAUAAACGAACAAAGACCUCGUAUAAUUGAACAUCAAGAUGAUCAAAGCUAUAGACGUGUGGAAGAAAGCUGUGUGACUGAAUCAAAUACGAUACUGAAUUAGUGAAUUUUGGCUUGAAAUGUCAUGCCAGGGAACAAUAUGGUAUGCCAUUGGCCUUAUAAAUAUCUCCUUUCUCAAUAUAUUUUAUUUCAUACUUGCUAAUCUACAAGCAUUAUGGCAGCUAGAGGGCUAAUCCUGCGAGCAUCAUCAUUGUCCAAUAGGCAAAUAAAUGUUGUCUCAAGAUCAGAAACCAACAUUAAACCUGAUUCUCUUACACCCCUCAACCUCAGACAUUACAAACUACCUUACCAUGAUCGAAUGAAACCAGAUUUUUAUAUGCCGUUUUUGUUAUUUUAUCCGAAUCCUCAACCAUCGGAUCAUAAGACGUCGAUAGCAGAACUACUGCAGCAUUCUUUGUCCAAGACACUUUCCAAGUACUACCCUUUUGCGGGGAGGCUAGGUUCUUCUGGUUCCUAUGUCGAUUGCAAUGACGAAGGGGUUCACUUUGUUGAGGCUCAGAUUGGAUGCAAUUUGUCUGAGAUUUUAGAGAAAGCUCCAGUGGAGGAUGAAGAAGAAGGCUUUGGCCAACUGGCUCAACUCUUUCCUCCUUCGUCGAUAUGGCACAAAGUAUCGGGUUCUCCUUUGGUGCUUGUUCAGCUAAACCAUUUUUCUUGUGGAGGAUUAGCUGUAGCAGCUUGUCUGUCACACCGUGUUGCUGAUGGAGGCACAUUGUUGUCAUUCUUGAGUUAUUGGGCAAAUAUGUCGCGAAAUCCCAGUGAUCAUGAAAAGCUAGCACAACUUGAGCCAUGUUUCGUGCAGGGGGUGCUGCCCCAUUCGUAUGAUGAUGAUUCUGUUGCAACUGAAGUUUUGCUGCCCGAAAAGAACUGGAUCACUACGGAGAUAGUGUUUCACAACUCAAAGAUUGCAGAGCUGAAGGCCGCGCAGCAAAAACAAGACAAAUUACACAAUGUAGUAGAAGAUCAAAAGUACACACGAAAUGAGCUUGUGACCGCACUCCUCUUCAGAUGUGCUGUAGCUGCUGCUACAUCAAACUCUGAGGCCUUUCCUAACUCUGUGCUGUUCCAGGUUGUAAAUGUACGUAGUCUCAUUGAUCCGCCACUGCCUCAAACAAGUGUCGGGAAUCUGGUCAGUUCCAAUCACAUUGCAGCGAGUAGCAAGAGUGAGACAGAGCUUCAUUCAUUGGUAGGCCAAAUGCGGAAAGGGAAGAAGCAGCUUGCAGGAAUAAAGGAUUUGGUCCGAAAAGAGGUCCUGCCAUUAUUCGACAAGUACGCGAAAAAUAGUUACAAGUUCUAUGUUGUGACCAGCCUAUGCAAUUACCCAGUGUUUGAUGAGAUGGAUUUUGGGUGGGGAAGGCCGGUUGGUGUAACUCCUGUGGAUGCGCCGUUUGGUAAUUUCUUCUUGCUGAUGGAUACUCCAAAUGGGGAUGGUAUAAAGGCCACUGUGAGUCUGGGAAAGGAAGACAUGAAAAAUCUCCGAGCCAAUGAAGAACUGCUUGCUUAUGCUUCUUUCUGAUAUCAAGAGGCUCUUUUCUUGAUUCAUUUGCAUAUUACUCUUUUCUUGAAAAAUUCCCCUUCCAAAAAUUUCCCUGUUAUUGUUACAGUUUAAUGUAGCGUGAUUAAUAUAUGAAUCUGUUUUCACA